AUGCUCCGAACCUUUGGUCUUGCGCCCCAGACAUCGCCGCAGCCGGCGGGUGCUGAUGCAAUCCGUCGAAGGCGUGAGAUGCAUUUUGGACCGACUCUUGGCACGGUGAUACCACGAGAUUCGAUGGGCGGAGCGGAGAAGGGCAAGCACGUCAGUCUGACAGUGAUUCGCGGGGCAGGGGCAGCCGAGGCCGGCGUGGAGACCCAGAUCACCAUCGACCAGCAGAUGUUGCGUGCUCGGCUGCAGCGGACGUACGAAGCGCAAUGCUGGACAGGUGGGGAGCUUUCACCAUCAUUCGUGGGCUACAGCACGCCAUCUGUCCAAGCGAGCCUGUCGGAAGCCGGGGAUACCCGCAUCGAGAUCUCCGAGACGAUGACGCCACGAGCCUCGCUUGAGCGCCAAGCACAUGUGCCUGUCGCACCCGUCAAAGAGGGGCGCCUAGGACCGGCCUCAGUCUGA